AUGGCUCCCUCCAAGAGCCGCCUAGACGACACAUUCAAGGCCCUGCUCGCGCGUCGGGAGCACCAAGGCCGUCUGCGUCGCCUGACUCUCCGGGAACCGGCCACGGUGGACUUCUCAUCCAACGGCUACCUAUCUCUCUCGACAAACCCAAACAUCAAAACAGCCUACAUUUCACAUCUCCAGAGCUCCUCGGAUGACUUCUCACUGGGGUCAUGCGGAUCGCGGCUGUUGGAUGGCAACAUACCCCCCGCAGAGAAUCUAGAGUCUCAAAUCGCCCAAUGGCACGGCGCUCCGGCGGGUUUACUUUUCAACUCGGGCUUCGAGGCAAACACGGGCCUGUUGAGCUGCGCACCGCAGCCGGGGGACUAUGUCUUGUACGACGAGCUCAUACACGCCAGCGUCCACGACGGGAUGAAGCUGGGCAGAGCGCGGGCCAUACCCUUUGCGCACAACCGCGUCGAGGACCAGCCUGGUGAGCAGGAAACCCCGGGGCCGAAACCCCUGGACGCGGUAUUGCGUGCCUUGCUGAGGGGCCAGGACGGCCACAAGGUGAGGAGCGGGCAGACAAAUGUGUUUGUUGCGGUAGAGGGCGUAUACAGCAUGGAUGGCGACGCCGCUCCACUCGAGCAAAUUGUUGAAUGCGUGGAGAAGCAUCUCGCCCGAGGGAACGGGCACGUAAUUGUUGACGAGGCUCACUCAACCGGCUGGAUGGGCGAGAGAGGAAGGGGUCUCGUGUGCCAGCUGGGACUGGAGGAGCGAGUAUGGGCCCGAGUCCAUACGUUUGGAAAGGCAAUGGGUUGCGCUGGAGCUAUUGUUCUUUGUACGCCGGCUACCCGGUCGUACCUGAUCAACUACGCACGCAGCCUGAUAUACACCACGGCAAUGGGAUACCCCAUGCUCACUGCUAUCCAAACCGUCUACGACUAUUUGCAGAGCGGACAAGCAGACGGCCUCUUGGCCAACCUGAUGUCUCUCAUGCAGGAGACUCACACUCUUCUUCUUUCCGUCUGUCAGAAACAUAGUCCUCCGCCCCAACUAUUCAGAAUCAACACCUCCCCGCCAGAAUCACCAAUCAUUCCCCUAUUCUCGGCACAUUCGAGGAGUUUGGCAAGACACUGUCAGCAAAGAGGGUACAUGGUGCGCCCCAUCGUUGCCCCGACAGUCCCCAAAGGCACUGACCGAGUACGGCUAUGCCUUCAUGCGGCAAAUACAGUCUCCGAGGUCCGUGGUUUGUGUACGGCCAUUGAGGAGUGGCUUGAGCAGCAAAAGAUAAAAGACUUGUCUCCUCGGGCUGACGGGGUGCAACGACCAUCAGUCGGCGGUUUAACAUCACUGCCCUUGGCCGAGCCUAGCAAACUAUAA